UAUGAAUUUACUUGAAUAAGCAAGAUAAUAGGUUUCUUUUGAUGUAGACUCAGUUACUCCUUUGCUAUAUGGAUCAAAAGAAUAAGCAGAGUAUUUUUUAGCCAUAUUUAGAUAUAUAAAAUAAUUUUUAGAGAAAUGCAAGACUAUUCCAGAAGUUUAAACUAGUCCUGAUUAUUAUAAUUGGAAUAGAGGAAUUCAAUUUCUAAGUAAAGGUGAUCAGGCUCUUGCUUUCCAAAAAUUACUUGAUUUUAGAUUAGAUGAAAUUCCUCUAUAUUUAGGUACAAUUAUAUAUUCAGCAACAACGAAUUAUUAUGGUGUAUAUUAUGGGAUGGUUGUACCUGCAAUAAAAGUAUUGGGAACAGAUGAAUAAAUAAAUGCGUAUAAAUUGUAUUUUGAAAAUAUAGUUGGUACAAAGAUUGCCUUAAUUUAAAAAUUGCAGGUUGUUAUGCAUAAACUGAAUUGGCACAUGGUUCGGAUGUCUAAAGUCUAUAAACAACAGCUACAUAUGAUUAAAAUACUGAUGAAUUCAUUAUUCAUACACCUACUGUUGAGGCAGUAAAAUGUACUAUAAUUAUAAUUAUAUAAGUCUGGCCAGGAGAAUUGGGAUUCUUAGCAAAUUGGGCUUUAGUGUAUGCAAAGUUAAUAGUAAAUAAUAAAUCACAUGGUGUUCAAGCCUUUAUGGUUCCUAUUAGAGACUUAAAUACUCAUAAGCCAUUACCAGGAAUUGAAGUAGGAGACAUAGGUCCAAAAAUAGGUUAUACAUCAAAAGAUAAUGGUUAUUUGAAAUUUACUCAUUGCAGAAUUCCUAGAUUUAAUAUGUUGGCUAAGUAUAUUAAGGUUACAAGAGAUGGAUAAGUAAUUAGACAAGGUGAUCCUAAAGUUUCUUAUUCAGCUAUGAUGAUAAUGAGGAAAUUAAUUAUAACAGUUUAUCCAAGAACAGCAGCAACAUCAUUAACAAUAGCUAUCAGAUAUUCAAUUGCUAGAUAAUAAUUUACUAAUGAUUAAGGAUAAGAAAAUUCAGUAUUGGAAUAUUAAACCUAAUAACAUAAAUUAUUACCUUUAUUAGCUAAUCUUUAUUCUAUUAUAUUUACAGGGUUAAAAGUAGGUUAAUUGGUUGAUCUAAAUUUCAAUCAGGUUCAAAAAGGAGAUUUUUCUUUAAUGGCUAUAUGUCAUGCAAUUAUUUGUGGAACCAAAGCAAAUUUUACAUAUUUUGUUUCAAAUUGUGCUGAAUGGUGUAGAUUAUCUUGUGGAGGACAUGGUUAUGCUCAUUAUUCUGGAUUACCUGCCAUAUAUUAAGAUAAUUGUCCUAAUAUUACAUUAGAAGGAGAAAAUCAAAUAAUGUAUUUAUAAUUAGCUAGAUAUUUACUUAAAAUAUAUAAUUAAGCUAAAUAAGCAUCUAAGAAAAUUAAUGAAACAUAUUUUGGAUUAUUUAAUAGAGUAAUUAAAUAAUAUUAUAUUUCUUUAGCUUUAAUCAAUUUUAGAUUAUAGAUGUACUUAAUUUACAAGGGAAUAAAUACUUCAAUUAUUAGAAUCAAAUGUAAUACAUUCAAUUCAAUUUACAAAUGAUAAAAUGAUGUCUCAUAUAUAAAAUGGAUUAGAUCCUAAAUCUGUAUGGGAUUAUAAAGUUGGAACUGAUCUAUGGAAUUCAGCCAAUAAUUUUAUUGAAUAUUAUAAAUAUCUUAGUUUCUUAUAAACUAUUGAUUAGGCUGAUAAUAUCAACACAAAAAGAGUUUUGAGAGAUUUAGCUGAUUUAUUUGCUGCUAGCAUAUUAUUGGAUGGAUCAAAUGUAUUAAUAGAAACUGGUGUUAUUAAUGUGGAAUCUAUUAAAUUGAUAAGAGAAUUUUAUGUCUAAUAAUUGGCAUUAAUUAAGCCUGAAGUAUUAUCUCAAUUAUAUCUAGGCUAUUGGCUUAGUUGAAGCCUUUAGGUAUAAUGACGCCUCUUUAAGAAGUACAAUUGGUUGUUCUGACGGUUAACCAUAUGAAAAAACCUAUUAUUCAGCUAUUAAUGAUAAUUCAUUAAAUAAAACAGACUUUAAACCAAUUAUCAAUCAGCUAAAAAAUAUCAAAGCCAGAUUAUGAA